UCUGUCAAUGGACGCCAAGCUUUCGCUUUCAUGCGCUUAUGAUUACAUGGCAAACUCUAACUAUAUAUACGAUGUUUAAACUGUAUGCUCAGGAUUUCUAGUAAAUGAUUUAUCUAUUUAUGCAGCGGAACUGCGCACGAACCGUUCAGGAGCAUAUAUAUAGGCUACAUAUGUAGGUGUCGCAUUGGACUGCUCCACACAAGUCGACGCGUCCGCAAUUUUGGAACAGUCGAUAUGUCGUCACUCAGAAUAAAAAUCAACGCGUUAUAAUAUGCAAUGUUGCGUAGCCUCUGUAUGUGAAAACCGAUGAAAUGUUAAUUCCUGAAGCAACUAGAUAAACUUUCACAGGAGAACGGCGAUGGAGGAUCGCGCGCCGCCAGUGUUCGUGUUCGGGAUCAUCGCGGACAUACAGUACGCAGAUAUAGAGGACGGUUUAAAUUAUCUGAGAACGCGCAAACGCUUCUACAGGAACAGCCUCCAGCUGCUGCGUAACGCGACGCGCCGCUGGGAAGAGCAGCGCGUCAUGUGCGUCCUUCAGCUGGGUGACAUUAUUGACGGGUUUAAUAAGAGCCGCAGCGCUUCGGAACAGGCUCUAGCCACCGUUAUCGGGGAGUUUGACAAGAGCCCGGCGGAUGUGCAUCACGUGUGGGGCAAUCACGAGUUUUACAACUUCUGCAGGGAAACUCUACUCGCUUCCCCGCUCAACAGCGCGGCGAAAGCCGGGAGUGGUAGUGACCUACUAGCGGAUGACAUUUACGCGUACGAGUUCAGCCCCGCCCCCGGGUUUCGGUUCGUGCUUCUGGACGCCUAUGACAUCAGCGUGAUCGGGAGAGACGAGAGCAGCGAGAAACACACACGAUCAUUGAAACUCCUGCAGGAACACAACAGCAACUCUGAUCUCAAUCAACCGCCAGUAUUUAAUGGCUUGAAACAAAGGUUUGUGAAAUUUAAUGGCGGAUUCAGCCAAGAGCAGCUGCUGUGGCUCGAUGAAGUCUUAACUCUUGCUGACCAGAAACAGGAGAGAGUAACUGUCUUUAGUAAGUAUACACACUUUUAGAUGCUUUUAAGAUCUUUAUGCAUGGUAGUCUUCAUGUUUAUGGGUUGGAACUACGACGCCAUGCAGUCCAUGCUGCGCUCUCAUAAGAGCGUGGUUUGCUUCAUGGCGGGACACGAUCAUGAUGGAGGAUAUUACAUGGAUGAGUCUGGUGUUCACCACAUCACGCUGGAGGGGGUGAUUGAAACGCGUCCAGACAGUAAUGCCUUUGGUACGGUGUAUGUCUAUGAGGACCAGAUGGUUCUAAAGGGCAACGGAAGGAUAUCAGACAUGGUUCUCAAGUAUCCAUGAGUGGAAAGUAUUUAUGAACUGACAGGAGAGAAGAUUAUUGUCAAUGAAUGAUGGAAUGGAAAAUAAUAAACAAACCCUUCUGUAUGAUCAUCUCAA